AACCAACGUUACAUUCCUUUUGCAGAGAGCGCAUCAAACAACUGACCGAAACGGAGAAAUAAAAAUGGCCGUCGCCAAUCAAACCAACCAGUUCUACGAGGGCUGCGGCCGCGAGGGUCCCAUCCGGUGCAUUCUGCUGAGUGAAUUCCAUGCCGUGGCUGGCUCGAAAAUCAGCUGUCAGGUCCCGGAUAACUACAUCUCGAAGGAAGUGUUCGAUUCGAUUCGGUUCUUCAUCAUUCCCAAACCGCAACUGCAACGAUGCACACUGACCGUAAACGCUCUCGGGCACAAAGUGAUCGGCUAUCCGGUUCGAAUCGAUCACCAACGCUACCCAAGGAACGCUUUCUACUUCAAUCUGUGCUUCGUAUGCGACAGCUGGGCUCGUUCCGUUCAGUACGAACCCGUCGUCAAGAAACUAUCCGAAUACCUGUUGAUGAUGGAGGAGGAAACCGCUUUCCUAUCCACCCCGGACAAUAAUACUCGCAUACAGAAUCUGCUGAGUAGCAUCCUUCGUGAUCUGAAUGAAAAACAGGUGGCGACGAUCGUUGAGGGGGAGACUACCAUUUAUCUGAAAAUUUCCAAACUGAAACCGGAUCCUCCUCCAGUUCAGGACCACCAAGUCCCCCUUCUCUGCAAGGGAUUCGAAAACAUCUCGUUGGAAUCGUGGGACCUGACCACCCAGCAGGUGGUACCAUUCAUCAACGGUAUAAGUCACGUUGCACGGAUAUCAGCCGAAUCGGACGUGGAAAAUCAGCUGGUCAAAUCUUGCAUCCAGAAUCUGGUUUAUUAUGGGGUGGUCCUGUUGCUUCCGCUGCUCAAGUACAGCAACGUCUAUAUGUGCACCCGGAAUCUUCAAAAUCUGAGCAAAGACCACCGGUUUGCCGAAGACUGUCGCCGGUACGUUCAAUUGCUGCACGCUGAAAACGAACCGAAGCGAUUGCCUUCGCUUCACAAGAUUCUCCAACUGUACUCGCAGAUGACUCAUGGAGUGACGUUGCGAGCCCUCUGCCAGCGACUCUGUCCCCGGGACAACGGAAUCGACGAACGAAAGCUGGUGACGUUUGGGCUGCAGCACAGUUUGAUUCGCUGCAUUAACAAGUAUCCGAUUUUUACCGGAUCGUAUCCCAGCCCGAGGCAUAAGUUGUACACGGGGCUGAACAGUUUGGACGAGAUUUGCUGCAAGACUGGACUGUCGCCGAGUCGGAUUGAGGAGGACAUCGAUGUCGACUCGAAUGUGACGGUUAUUUGGAAGUGAAGGGGGAGGUUAAUUAUUUCGGAUUUUUUGUCCUGCGAAUGCCGAUG